AUGUACAAAUCUACAACAGUUCCUUUCUUUUCAGACCACAAUGGCGAGCCUCCGAAGCUGAAAUGCAACCUACGCAAACACAAGCCGAAUCGCAAACCACGCACGCCGUUCACUGCGCAGCAACUACGCGCGUUAGAAAGCAAAUUCGUCGACAAACAGUACUUGAGCAUCGCUGAAAGGGCUGAAUUCUCUUCGUCACUUGGACUAUCUGAGACUCAGGUAAAAAUCUGGUUUCAAAAUCGGCGAGCAAAGGCGAAACGCGUGCAGGAGGCGGAAAUCGAGAAACUCAAGAUGGCACAGUUCUCCCGACACCCACACCACAUGUACCCUCAUCCGCUACAGCAGUACUUUCCCCACCAUUUAAUGGGGCGGCCGUUGCCCCACAUGAUGACCCAUUUGUCGAUGCCACCCCAGGGAUCACCAUCACCGAGCACGCAGACAAGUCAACAGUGA